AUGACGCGCGAUGCUGAUGAAUACAACGAUCCUUACAAAAUUGAUAUCCGUUUAGAGGAUGAUGGCCUUAAACGAUAUUUCGAGAAGGGGCUUAGUGCGCUCUUAGCCGACGAGCACUUUUUAUUGCUCUAUGUACCUGAAAAUAAUGAAGCGAAGAUGCAAAUUAUACGGCCAGCCAGUGACCCAUACCAUCGAAAGCGCAUGAUCAAAAUGAUUAAUGAAGCCGGAGGUAUUCCAUCAUUUUAUUAUGCGUUGUCGCACCUUUGGGGCCUCACAAAAGACCACCGGUAUUGCUGGAAUGACAUUGGCAAAUACGUGGAUGAUGAAGAAGGACAACCAGUAAACCCUGUUUCGAUGCGACCUGAAAAGCGAGAUGCAUUACUUGCACUACUCAACAAUCAUCGUGAGAGCUAUUGGUGGAUUGAUGUCCUAUGUGCACGUACCGAUACACCCUUGGAUAUUAUGGGCAAUAUCUAUGCUUGCUGCCUUGAAUGUAUUGCCAUGGUGGAUUGCAAACUAAGCCUGAUACAAGAAAUCCACCCAAUGCUGGAUGUCUACAAAGUCAAGGAAUUAUGUCGCAUCAAUGGUAUUUCCGCUGAUACACGGGUUAAAGACCUAUCAGACGAGCAGCUUUGUGAAAUCACAUUUCCCCAACUGCUUAAAUGCUUGGACAUAUUCUUCCAAAGUGAAUGGUGGCAACGUGUAUGGACCUGGCAGGAGAUGGCUCUACCUGUGGGAUGCGUGCGGUUUAUAGCUGAAACAGACACCCGCCAACUACAAACCAGCACAAUUACUGUGGAUGAUAUACUUGAAUUUGGAAAGGAGUUCUUUUACUCACGUUUAUCUGUGUAUUCAGACUUCGGACGUUUAUUCCAUGGAGUUAAAUCAAACAUUGAAAGCAUAGAGAGGGCGAGAACAUCCAACAGUUACCGUAUCAUUGAUACGAAACCUACGAUAAGAUUUCAAAAUCUAUUGAUAUCAUUAAUGUCUUCCAAGCGACGUUGCUAUGAUCCAGCUGACUAUGUUUAUGGGGUACUGGGGAUGAUGCAGAUCAAAAUCCCAAGGAUGAACGAUCCAAAUGCAGUUUGGUGGUAUCUAUUAUCAAAGCUGGAUGAUUUAUAUCCGCUUGAAUCUAGAAGUUGGAUGGAUCGUGCAGACGAAAUCGAUUUACGGAAAGUCGAAGCUAUCGAUGAUGUAUACAUGGAGUUGUCGCUUAUCCAUAGUGGGUUAUAG